AUCAAAUACAUGUACAUGUAUAUAAGAGCUAUAAUGACAAAAUCGAUAGCAUUCUUCGGCUCUAGUAAAUUGCGCUAGUGGGUUUUACAGAAAUAGCAGCUCUACAGAAUGCGAUCAACAAUUGCCAUAUAUCUGUGUCUCCUAUUCCUAGCCUACCAGCUGGAUGUGCAAACUGUUCAAGGAUAUACCUUGAUGACGCAUCUCGCACAGCAAGCAAAUUCCCUGCAAUAUGGGUUGAAUUUGGCAAACAGAUACAACCACAGAUACGGUGGUAGUAAAACUCGGGUAGCCUUCUCUGCGAGAGCAAAUAGCAAUCAAAAACUCAGCAGCGGAAAUAUGAUAACAUUUGCUUAUCAUAAUACCAACCAGGGGUCGGCACUGAGAGGCGGGAGGUACUUCAGUGCCCCACAUUCCGGUCUGUAUGUCUUCACCUGGUCAAUCCGUACAUACUCCUCCAAAGUUGCGUACACCAGUAUUAGGGUGAAUGGAAGCAUCAAGCAGAAGAGUUUGUGUUACAGUGGUACGUCCUCUUACUACGAUACCUGCUCCAAUACCGUGGUUCUCUACGUUAACAAAGGCUCCACCGUGGGCAUAUAUUGCGAUGCUUCUUAUGCAUACAUCGCAUCACCGUACUCAAGCUUCUCUGGAUGGGAGUUGUAAUGUCAUUGUGUUACAAAAAAAAAUAAUAAAACCUUUUUGUCAUUAAU